AUGGUGGAUGAACUGGAAGAACAGCUAUUGACUGCCGCCGAUGAAUCCGUCAUGCCAGAAGGUGAUGAAAGCCAACCAUCACAACCACAAGAUCAUCAAUCUCGCUCGGCGAGGAAAGUAAAAAGCUUGAAGAAUGGUAUAUUUCGGGCUGCAAGUAUACAAGACAAACUACUAGAAAAACUUCUAUCACAAGUGAUACCAGCAGAAGAUGGUCACACACAAACACCCUCCAUCAUGGGAGGUGACGACCCUCCAGGCUUUGCCGAACGACCCGGAUUCUCUAUCCCUUUGAUGUCCAACAACUUCCGCCGCUUCAACGCUCGCAUUGGUGUGGUUUUCAAAUUCCAGUCUCGAGCUCUGAAAGUGCUUUCAUGGCGCAAACCAGCCCACACCCUCUCCCUCCUCGCAGUCUACACCUUCGUCUGCCUCGACCCCUACCUCCUCUUCGCACUUCCCCUCGCGAUAGCCGUAUUCUUCAUCUUCGUCCCCUCCUUCAUCACCCGUCACCCUGCCCCGUCAACAUCCUCCGACUCCGACCACCAAGUCCGAAACCUAGGCUAUUCCCCCCGUGGCCCUCCUUUAGCACCAGCUCGCAACUUCCAGCCCACCAAAGAGCUGUCCAAGGACUUCUUCCGCAACAUGGGUGACCUCCAAAACGUCAUGGAGGAUUUCUCCGUCGUCCACGACAAAGUCGUGACUCUAAUCGUCCCCGUCACCAACUUCUCCGACGAGGCGCUCUCAUCCGCUAUUUUCGUCGGGCUAUUCGCCGCUCUGGUAGUAAUGCUCAUAUCAGCCCACCUCAUCCCCUGGCGCUACCUCAUGCUUGUGGGGGGCUGGGGUGCCAUAUUGUCUGCUCACCCAACAAUCAACAGGCUUGUCGCUCAAGCCACGGAGCAGUACCUUCACCACAAUCCCACGCUCUCUUCGCCGACCGACCCUCACCCGGUUAAAAUCCCCACCGUUGACAUCCCAGCUUUGCUAUCGAAGGAAAUAAUCCUCGACUCCGCCCCUGAAACCCGCGAGGUGGAAAUCUUUGAACUUCAACGGUUGAGUCAUUACCCCGGAGGGGAGUGGGAACCAUGGGUUUUUUCCCCCUCGCCAUACGACCCUUUAUCAGCCCAACGCAUCUCCGGGCAGCGACCGCAGGGAACGAGAUUCUUUGAGGAUGUCCAGCCGCCAGAAGGGUGGGAGUGGUCAGAGAAGAAGUGGGGGCUUGAUCUGUGGAGCAGGGAGUGGGUAGAGGAGAGGAUUAUUACGGGCGUGGAGAUUGAGACGGAGGGGGAGAGGUGGGUUUAUGAUAUCGCCUCUUCUUCGGAAAAGUCUGCUGGUGGUGGUGGGGGGAUGGGGACGAUUGGGGAGGAAAGUGAGAAGGAGCCGGUGAGGAGCGGUAAUCAGGCUACCCCGAUGAGGCAGAAUGGGGGGAUGAGUUGGGAGGAGGGGGAGGAGGGGAUGGGACGGAGGGGGGAGUGGAGGAGAAGGAGGUGGGUGAGGAUGGUGAGGAGGAAGAAUGUUACUGGCUAGGUUAACAGAACUACAGAAUGAUAGAGGAUAGGUUUAUGAAUGGGAUGAGUU